UAAAAGAUCAUGAUCAUAUAAAUGGAAAGUACCGAGGCCCAGCUCAUGACUCUUGUAAUAAAAAGUUACGCAUAGGCUCUUUCGAAACUAAAGUGCCCCUUAUCUGUCAUAAUUUUCGAGGAUACGACUCUCAUCCGCUCAUGAAAGUUGUUUCAAAAUUUACGGCCGAUGAGCUAAAUUGUAUUCCAGAGAAUAUAGGAAAGUACAAGGCUAUGGAUAUUGGUCAACUCCGAUUUCUUGACAGCUUCCAACAUAUGGCAAUGGGAUUAGAUAAAUUAGUAGCAUGUCUAGGAGAAAACCCAGAAAAGUUCCCCCUAACUGUCAAGCACUUUACUGCAAAAG